AUGCCGCCGACGACUUCAGCUGAAAAGCAGAAAAAAUAUCGCGAUAAGUUGAAAAAAGAAAACCCUCAAAAGUAUGAAGAAAUACAAAAGAAGGCCAAAGAAAGAUCUGCACGUUACUAUGAGAAAAAAAAGAGUACCUAUACUGAAGAGCACAAACAAGAGUUACGGAAUAAAUGGAAGGAAGAUCGGAAAAAAGCAACAGAUGCAAAAAUGGCAUCACAAAAUGAACCGGGUACGUCACAUACUUCAAAUUCCAAGCAAGAUAAUAACCAAUUAACUUGCCGUAAUAUGCAACGCCAAAUUGAAUACAGGCUGAAACAAGAAACUGCACAACCGAGAUUACAGUUAAACACAUUGACUAAAGGUUUCAAAAGUGUUCAGAAAAAAACGAAUAGACAACAAAAGAAAAGAGACAAGAUGCAGGCAGAUUACGAAAAUUUAUUAACUAGAUUAAUCACGACAGAUGAAACAAAGGACACAUAUACGCGAGAAUUAGAAGAGAAAACACCGAUGAAAGAAGUAACAGAGUUCAUAAAUAAUAACAUACCUAACAUUGAAACUCCCAAAAAAGAAGAAGUUAAUAAGAAACUACUAGAACACGAUGUACUAACGAAGUCACUAAAAUUACAAUUCCAAACUGCUAACAAUACCGAAAAGAAUGUUUUGAGAAAAGUUUUGGAUAACAACAUUGUGAAAAAAUAUAAACUGAAAACAAGAGGCAACUGUGAAUGUCACUCACCUGUAGCUCAUAGCUUUUUGCCCACUAUUUACGCAAACGAAAAACACACAUCGAAUAAACAAGAAAAAUGUGAAAAGAAAAAGGAAGUUAAAAAUUCAAAGAAUAGCAAUAAAACUAGGCGAAGGCGUUUCAGUUCAUCAACCGAAGAAGAUGAAUAUGAUGAUAGUAUUGAGUAUGCGGAAAGCGACGCCUCGGCGUUUUUUUCUGAUGAAUCAAUAAGUCCAGAUUUUAACGACGAUGAAAACAAUCUAAUCACAGAACUUGACGAAAAAACAGGUGUUCUGAGGCCAAAAAUUAAUCCAAACAAGAAAGUCACUCUGCUAUCCACAAUAAUUUUAAAGAAACCUUAUGCUGAAAAUAAUCCUAAACAUGAAAGGAAAAGAAAAAUAAUUUGUGAAAAUGAAGAUUUAAUUCAUAAAAGAUUUUGCGAAACUACGCAACAUGUUACUAGGAAAGAUGUUGUGGCAAUUUUGUCAAAAAUAAGAAAAAACCCGGAAAAUACUGCAAAAGAAGAGAGAAAAGAAGCUGAUGAAAAUAAAGAAAAUUAUACAAUUGAGACUGAAUAUAAAAAACAACUUGAAAGCAUGAGAGGACAAAAUAAUAUUGGUGAAGUUUUACAAGACGCAGAUAAAUAUAAACAAAUGGAGAAAACAGAUUUAGAUAAAAUAAACAAAUCUGAGAAUUUAAAAGAAGAUGAAAGUGACAAGGAAUCGAAUACAAAGGAAGAAGGAGAAAAAGCAAUUGAGAGUAUUCUGAAGAUGCCAGUUAAUUCUAUUUCGGAAACGAAAAAAGGUGUUGAAAAGUCUAAAUUCCCACUAUCCUUAAACAGAAAUAAUGCAACACUCUUGAGCAGUGAAAAUAGAAGACCACAUAAUUUAAAAGAUAUUUCUAGCUCUUUUAAAGCAUCCGAGGAGAAUAAAGAAAAUAAACCAGUGAAACGACCAUUAAACGGCACUUAUUUUAAUACUUUGAAUGCUGCGAAGAAACUGAAACCAUUGACAGAAACACCGAAACCUACCGAUUCUGAGCUGAUAGUAUUAGAGCAGUCGCCAGCCAGCUCUGCCAUGUUGAAUGGCCACCAUCCAACGGAUAUUCAGUAUGGAGGAGGCACACAAUGGAAGGCCCCAAUUGCUACGUUAUCAAACCUGGGAAAUACAUGUUUUUUAAACAGUGUUUUAUAUACAUUGAGGUAUGCGCCACGGUUUCUCCAUAAUCUCCACCAUCUUGUAUCAGACCUGGCCAGUGUGGAACAGAAACUAGGCAGUAUAAGGUUAAAGAGCUCCUCCCUGGGUCGAAGUGCAGCUGGACUGGCUUCUUCUGGAGCUAGGUCAUGGAGCAGUAAGGACUUACUUUCACUUGGACAGUCGGACAAUAGUUCUGGAAAAAGUAAAAUUCAGAUAGCUACAGAGAAACUGCAUGAGACCUACCUGAACCUGCGAGCAGCUGAAAGCAAGUGUUUAAACAGUGGCUCGGGUGAUGCUAGUCCUGAGCCUUACGCCGCUGAUGCCUUUCUCGCUGCGCUUAGGGAUGUUAACUCUACAUUUGAGGGUAACCGACAGCAAGACGCGCACGAACUUCUAGUAUGUAUAUUAGACAAUAUCAGAGAAACCUGUCGAGCGCUCAGUUCUCGUGCUUCACGUCUACAGUUACAUGAAAAUGGGGAUAGCAAUGGUCUAGGUCGCCAGCCCACCAUAGAUGGUGAUGCUGGUAAGCCAACACUUGGCAACUUACGCAAAUCCUGGAAAAAACGUAAGGAAAUUAAGGCAAGUGAGAAGCGGCACUCGCCUACAGAAGAGCGAGCUCCUUCUCCUGCCGAUCCAGAAAGGGAAGAGCGCUCACGCCCUGGUUGGGACUUUGUAGCUGAUGACUUUGAAGGUAGAUCAAAAUUUUGA